UGGAUUGUGAAGAGGGCGAGAGAGACGCAUGGUCCUACGUCGAGCUACAGUGUGGCACUUUCACUGGCGUUCGCUCUCGGUCUGGCGACUCACAACGGUGUGGUCAUCUGUUCGAAUCUCAGCGGCUCCUCGUCCUUUUCCCGGCCACCUUCGGCCUAUUCAGGGCAUGCGAGAAGACUAUUCACUGCAUCUCACCAGUUACUAACAUGCACUUGUAAGGACGUCGAUCUCAGAGCAGAGCCAGAUGGCGAUAUGGCUAGAGAGAAAAGAGGCAAGGAGGGGAGUCCAUUCAGAUCUGAUUGCGUUGGUCCCAAUCAGCGCCAUAGCCAACUCGCCACCGCCAUGGGUUACUCAACUUGACUCGAAUUCAUCAUUCCACCAUUCUCACUCCAUCCAUCGAAAUCACAACACUUCGAGCUACAUCUACAACGCUAUUCCUCCCGCUUUGCUAGGCAGGUAUCACCACCACGGCCAUGAGCUCGCGCAUGGACCCUCAACCUAUCACUGCCGCCGACCUUCACCCCUCCCUUCUCAGAUUCCCGCGCAAUCGAUACAACAUCUGGCUUGACGGCGACUCUGUCCCCGAGCCAACGGACUCGAUCAAGAUUCCUCUGGCUGAGGGAGCACGCCGCGCGACACGCGCAUGGAAGGCUGCCGCUCGCUCUGGCGACUGGCGCGCAGUGAGCAAUCGGUGCUUCGCUUUAUCAAUCUUCGACAAAGUCCUCCAACUGAUGACCGCUACGCGCUACGACUCCUGUACGCGCUGGCCACCCUGUUGGACUGUUCGACAGUGGCGUGCUUUGAUCGACAAUCUUAUUGACAUCGCCAUGACGCUUGCCCUCUCUGCGUCCGAGGGGCACCUCUCUCCACCCCAUAAAGGCAUUCGGAUCGUGAUUCGCGCCAUGGCCGACUGGUUCUACAGGCCGGGUGACAGCGUCCAACCGUUUCCGCUUCGCUUUAGGCCCCAGCUUGACAUUGUCCGCAUCCUCGGCGAGUUUGGCACCCCACCUCCUCGCUCGGCCGCGCGCACAUCAACUCACCAUCCUGGCUCGGUCGACACGCAGGUGGUGAAGACUUUCGCUCGGCUCCAGAUUUAGCCCGUCCUGCUGAAGUCGUGUGUUGGAUGGAGCUGGGGAGCAUGAACUGUCCAUGCACGCAUUGCUUGGCCCAGAGGCGGACUAGUGGCAUGUCAUCUACCUCAACACGCGUCAAAUAUAGCACCAGAUGUUGUAUAGCCUGUCAUGUAGACUGUGUAAUCCUCA